GAAAAAGGAUGAGAUUGCCAUGGUGCGCGGAGGAAUUCAAACGCUUUGCAGUCGAGGCUUUAUCUACCUGCUGUGCUUGAGAUAUUCCCCUGAUGGACAGCCAGCCAGUCGCAGCCCCUACUACAAAAUCGGUGGCACGCGGGACAUGCAGCAGCGCUUGCGAGCCUACGUCACCUCGCAGCCCUUUCGGCCAGAGGUGUUGCAAGAGGUUGCGGUCCCUGACUGGCGUGCAGCAGAAGCGAGGAUUCUGAAGGCCUUUCCCAGGAGUGAUGAUUUGGAUGGUGGAGAAGAGUGGCGUCGCUUCUCUCCUGAUGAGGUCAAAGAGGUCAUGACAGAAAUGGAGAAGGAGUCGCACAUUUGGACUGAUUUGGCUGAGCAGUCAGUCCCAUUGCACUUGGCUCGCCAAGUACUGCAACCCGUGUCAUUCACCGAAUUUUCCGCCUAUGAUGCCAUUCCAAAUAGCUUGGAAUCGAUUCACCAAUACGCAGCCAAUAUGGUGUUACAAACCUGGAUGAAGCAAGAAAGUGCCAGGGCUACUGUCAUGAUGCCCGAGCAUACUGGCUUGCCACAAGUUGGCAUAGAGGUCUUGAAGGCCAUGCUUCGCCUCGGAAUGACUCUGCAGCUAAUUGUGGUUGUUACGGAUCAUCCUGACGAUGCUAAUGCCACAUGGUCUGCUGCGGCAAUUGACGGCCUGGCAAUGUUCUGUUUGAAUAAGCGAAAUUCGAUUUUGGGUCCCAACUGGAAGGGAGACCCUGGCAGUGUAACAACAGAGGAUGGUUCUGAGCUUGCCAACAGACGCGAAGAACUUGUAAAUUUCUUGAAGGGUGAAAGUCGCCGCAAGGUUGUCAUUUUGUUUGGCCAAUACUAUGACCUUUUCAAGUCAGUAUUGGAAGAAACGCAAGAUUUGGGAGUCGAUGUGAUGAUUGACGACAAUUUCUUGAGCACUGCAUUCAAUCGAUUGAGCAAACGACCCUUGCAUGGCAUGUUUGACGAUGAGUAUCUGCCAGUUCGUCACAGGCUGUGUUUGUCAAGUGCAGGGAUUUGUUGCCAGUGGCCGACCAAGAAAGUGCCGAAAUACGGAGGGCUUCAUUCUGACAUCGCCAAGUCUUUAGAUUGCGGCCCAGUUGCAUUUCAUUUGCCAAGAUCGGCUGCUGUGCAACGGGGCCUUCUGCGUCCAGUCAAGAUUUGGCCUUGGACAGCGGCUGAGCUAGGGAGGAACUUCAGGGCUAGAAGCCCCAAGCACCAGGCGGAGGCGAUCAUAUCUUUCCUGCAAAGAUAUCCAGCACAGAGCCUGUACGCUUUCCUUCCCAAAAACGAGGCUGCUCAGGAGUUGAAUGCUUCGCUGGGUGGCUUGUGUGAAGCAGGAAACAAAGUGAAGCCUGUUUUUAUACACGCUAAAAUGAACACCUCGGAAAGGUAUCGGUAUGGCUAUUCGGAGCUCUUUGCUGCUGAAGAGUCGGUGGCAGUCAGCAGCGUAUAUAUCAUCCUGGAAAAUCGAAGUGCGCCUGCUGUUGAGGCAGCAUUUGCUGCUCCUGGGAAGAUUAGCAGCUUGCAUGUUGGCAGAAUGAUUGGCCUCGUCAGUAAACUUUCAGACCAACCAUCACACGACUAUGGAUCCAUCUUAGUUCUUCACGACAAGACCCAAGCCAGUGAGAUCUUGCUGAUUUUGGUGCUGGCCGCUCUAGUUGCCGAAGAUCCCUUGAUGAUUCAAAGUCUGAGACAAGUGGUUCUUCUUUCAGUGGCCCUCAACAAGGACCUGCCUUCGCAGGAAUGGCCUCCGGAAAUUCGGGACCUGGUGAGCGAUGGCUGCGUCAUCCCGCGACGGGUGCUUGCCCACGUACUGAAGAUUGUAAGCGCAAGUGUGUCGUCCACUUUCUCGGAUUGGACUUUCAAGGCCGACCUUCUGUCAGCCGUCAAGCUCCGUGACGGCCAUCUGGCGAUUCCAUCCGGCCACGUGGAAGCGGGAGUGGCACUGGGAGCGUGGCUGCACAGACAGGUGGACGAUGCGCAACAAGGCCGCUUGGAGGCGGAACGCUUUGACCGGUUGGCGGAGUUGGGGGUUUCCUUCGAAGAAACUUUGGAUGGCAAGUUGCUAGAGAAAGAUGAGGACUUCAGAAAGAACUACAAACAGCUGCUCGCGUUCUAUUCCCGCGAGAGAGGGGCUGACGUUGAGGCUUCCAGCACUUGGCUGAAGAGACAACGCGCCAAGUGCAAGCAGGGUAAGCUGCCUAAAAGCCACCAGCAGUUACUGGAGAAGCUUGGAGUCAACCUGGAACCUGGGAAGAGCCGUGAGGAGAGAUGGCAAGGAAAAGUGCUCGCACUGCAAACCUUCAUUCAACGGGAAGGUCACAGUGACGUUCCCGGACGUUGCGUAGAAGGUGAUGAGCUCCUGGGAAGCUGGUUGGACGCGCAGCGCUCGCGCUGGAAGUUGGGGAAGCUGGCGCCAGAACGUGUAGAGCAACUCCAGGCCCUGGGCGUCUCCUUGCAGCAGCGUAGUGCGCAGUGGGAGGACUACGUUGAAGCCUUGCAGCGCUUCGUAGGGCGCGAAGGUCAUACAGAUGUGCCCGCAGAUCACGUGGAAGGAGCUCUGGCAUUGGGCUCUUGGUUGAACUCCCAACGCCGCCGUGCGCUGCAUGGAGGGCUGCUGCCAAAGCAGAAGCAGCAGCUGCUUCGGAUGGGAGUCGAGAUGGAAGAGGAGGAGGCCAACUGGCAGUGCCACUUCAGAGCCCUGAGUCGCUUCAAGGAGCUGGAAGGACAUGUCGAGGUAGCUGCGACUUUUCAGGGCUCUCAGCAGAUCCCGGGCCACCUUGGACGUUGGUUGUACUCCCAGAAGCUGAAGGCUUGCAAGGGCACGUUGCCCAGCCAGCGGAAGCGGAAGCUGUUGGAGCUGGGUGUGGAAUUGGAAAAAGGCCACGGCUGUGAAGCGCUGCAUCUUGGGGCACUCAUUGGUGGAAAGUAUGAAAGGUAA